AUGGGUGCUCCGCUUCCUAUUAAGUUUCAGGAGCUGCUGGCCCUGGGCAAUGUCGGCGUCGACAGCUCAGCCAUCGGCUUCAACUCCUGCACACUAGAAUCAGAUUCCUUCAUCUGCAUACGGGAGAAGAAGAGCGAAGCCGCACAGCCCGAAGUCGUCAUCGUCGACCUCAAGAACGGCAACAAUGUCACCCGCCGCACCAUCAAGGCUGACAGUGCCAUCAUGCACUGGACCAAGCAGAUCAUCGCCCUGCGCGCCCAGUCGAGGACACUGCAGAUCUUCGACCUCGAGCAGAAGCAGAAGCUCAAGUCGGCGACCAUGAACGAGGAUGUUGUCUUCUGGAAGUGGAUCAGCGAGUCGACCCUCGGUCUGGUCACCGAUACCACCGUCUACCACUGGGACAUCUUUGAUUCCACCCAGGCCGCGCCCGUCGAGGUCUUCAAGCGCAAUGCCAAUCUCAACGGCUGCCAAAUCAUCAACUACCGCAUUAACAGCGACGGCAAGUGGAUGGCUGUGGUCGGCAUCUCCCAGCAGCAGGGCCGUGUGGUAGGCAGUCUUCAGCUCUACUCCAAGGACCGAGGCAUCAGCCAGGCCAUCGAGGGCCAUGCUGCCACCUUCGGCACUGUGAGACUGGAGGGUGCGCCGGCCGAUACCAAGGUCUUCACCUUUGCCGUCCGAACUGCCACUGGCGCAAAGCUCCACAUCGUCGAGAUCGAUCACGCCGAGACGAAUCCCGUCUUCCAGAAGAAGGCUGUUGACGUCUACUUCCCUCCCGAGGCCACCAACGACUUCCCUGUUGCCAUGCAGGUUUCGCAGAAGUAUGGACUCAUCUACAUGGUCACCAAGUACGGCUUCAUCCACCUCUACGACCUCGAGACUGGCGCCACCAUUUUCAUGAACCGCAUCUCGAGCGAGACCAUCUUUGCUACGACCUCCGAUUCCGACUCCACCGGUCUUCUCGGCAUCAACCGAAAAGGCCAGGUGCUCUUCGUGUCGGUUGACGAAAGUAACAUGAUCAACUACCUUCUGCAGAACCCUGCCAAUACCGAGAUUGCUAUCAAGAUGGCCUCGAGAGCUGGUCUCCCCGGUGCCGACCAGCUGUACGCCAGACAGUUCGAGCAGUUGAUGCAACAGGGCGACUACUCCGGUGCUGCCAAGGUUGCCGCCAACUCCCCGCGUGGUUUCCUCCGAACCACGGACACUAUCAACAGAUUCAAGAAUCUCCCCGCAGAACCAGGCAAGAUGUCGUUUAUUCUACAAUACUUUGGAAUGCUGCUAGACAAGACCACUCCCCUUAAUGAGACCGAGACUCUUGAGCUGGCUGUUCCCGUGCUGUCACAGGGCCGCAAGCACCUAUUGGAGAAGUGGUUGAAGGAAGGCAAGCUCGACUGCUCCGAGAAGCUUGGUGACCAGAUCCGCAUCCACGACAUCAACCUCGCCUUGGUUGUCUACCUUAAGGCCAAUGUUCCCCACAAGGUCGUUGCCUCUUUUGCUGAGACUGGCCAGUUUGAGAAGAUCCUCCCAUAUGUCAACCAAACUGGAUACCAGCCAGACUGGAUCAGUCUUUUGCAACACAUUGUGCGCGUGAACCCGGAGAAGGGUGCCGAGUUCGCCAGCUCCUUGGCCAAUAACGAGGGGGGAGCGCUGGUAGACAUUGCGCGCGUCGUGGACGUGUUCCAGUCGCAAGGCAUGGUUCAGCAGGCUACAGCAUUCUUACUUGAUGCCCUGAAGGACAACCGCCCGGAGCACGCUGAUCUCCAGACACGUCUUCUGGAGAUGAACCUGAUGAACGCCCCUCAGGUUGCCGACGCUAUCCUGGGCAACCAGAUGUUCACACAGUUCGACAAGGCACGGAUUGCUACGCUAUGUGAGCAGGCUGGCUUGUUCCAGAGGGCUCUGGAGCUCUACGAGGACCCUGCUGCUAUCAAGCGCGUCCUUUGCGGCAUUGCUGGCACACCAAACUUCAACCAGGAGUGGCUGAUCACCUACUUCGGUCAAUUGUCCGUUGAGCAGUCUCUCGAGUCUUUGGAUGCGAUGAUGAAGGCCAACAUCCGCCAGAAUCUUCAGAUUGUCGUCCAGGUUGCCACGAAAUACUCCGACCUGCUUGGCCCUGUCCACCUGAUUGACCUCUUUGAGAAGUACAAGACCUUUGAGGGGCUUUUCUACUACUUGGGAAGUGUUGUCAACAUGUCCCAGGAGCCGGAUGUCCACUUCAAGUACAUCGAAGCUGCUACCAAGAUGGGCCAGUACAACGAGGUGCAAAGAAUCUGCCGAGACAGCCAGUACUACAACCCCGAGAAGGUCAAGAACUUCCUGAAGGAGGCCCGCCUCCCCGAGCAGCUGCCCUUGAUCGUUGUCUGCGACCGAUUUGAUAUGGUCCACGACCUCAUUCUGUAUCUGUACCAGCAACAGCAGUUUGAGUCGAUUGAGAAGUACGUGCAGGGCAUCAACCCUGGCAGGACUCCUCAAGUUGUUGGCGGUCUCCUUGACGUGGACUGCGAUGAAGCCCAGAUCAAGAGCCUUCUUGCUUCUGUCAACCCUGCAUCCAUUCCCAUCGAUGCACUUGUGCAGGAGGUCGAGACGAGGAACAGACUCAAGCUCCUGCUACCCUUCCUCGAGGCCACUUUGGCAGCUGGUAACCAGCAGCAAGCCGUAUACAACGCACUUGCCAAGAUCUACAUUGACUCGAACAACAACCCUGAGAAGUUCUUGAAGGAGAACGACCAGUACGAUACCCUCAGCGUUGGUAAAUACUGUGAAAAGCGUGACCCCAACCUGGCGUUCAUUGCCUACCAGAAGGGCCAGAACGACCUCGAGUUGAUCAACAUCACCAAUGAGAACUCGAUGUACCGAGCUCAGGCACGCUACCUGCUGGAGCGGUCCGACCGCGAGCUCUGGGGUUUUGUUCUCAGUGAGAACAACAUCCACCGCCGCUCCGUCAUUGACCAGGUUGUUGCCACAGCCGUUCCUGAAUGCGGCGAUCCUGCCAAGGUCUCCGAAGCCGUUGCCUCGUUCUUGGCAGCUGAUCUGCCUGGCGAGCUUAUUGAGCUCUUGGAGAAGAUUGUGCUAGAGCCUUCUCCCUUUAACGACAACGCCAGUCUUCAAAACUUGCUUAUCCUCACUGCCGCUAGAGCCGACAAGGGCAAGGUCGCUGACUACAUCCAGCGUCUGGAUGCUUACGACCCUGACGAGUGUGCUCAGCUCUGUAUCAACGUUGGCCUGCACGAGGAAGCGUUCGACAUUUUCAAGAAGGCCGGCAACCAGACGGCAGCUGUCGCCGUGCUGGUCGAGCACGUCGUUAGCAUCGACCGUGCCAGCUCUUUCGCCGACGAGGUCGAUACGCCCGAGGUGUGGAGCAAGGUCGCAAAGGCUCAAUUGGAUGGCCUUCGGGUGACGGAUGCCAUCGAGUCAUACAUUAAGGCUGGUGAUCCUCGCAACUACGAAGAAGUCAUCGAAGUCGCAACCCACGCUGGUAAGGAUGAGGAUCUCGUUAAGUUCCUGCGCAUGGCCCGCAAGACCCUCAGGGAACCUCCCAUCGACACCGCCCUUGCCUUCUGCUUCGCCCGACUUGAGCAGCUUGGUGAACUGGAGGACUUCCUCCGGGGAACCAAUGUCGCCAACAUCGAAGAGUCUGGUGACAAGGCUGCAAACGAGGGUCUCUACCAGGCCGCCAAGAUCUUCUACACCAGCAUCUCCAACUGGGCCAAGCUGGCUACAACCCUCGUUCACCUGGAUGACCACCAGGCUGCCGUUGAGUCUGCUCGCAAGGCCAACAACAUCAGAGUGUGGCGUGAGGUCCACGGUGCUUGUGUCAGCAAGAAGGAGUUCCGACUGGCCAAGAUCUGCGGUCUGAACCUGAUUGUUGAUGCCGAGCAGCUGCAGGCUCUCGUCAAGCAAUAUGAGCACGAGGGAUACUUCGAUGAGCUUAUCGAGCUCUUAGAGUCGGGUCUUGGCCUGGAGCGCGCUCACAUGGGAAUGUUCACGGAACUCGGCAUUGCCUUGUCGAGGUACCACCCCGAGAGGUUGAUGGAGCACAUCAAGCUCUUCUGGAGCCGCAUGAACCUGCCCAAGCUGAUCCGAGCCUGCGAGGAAGCCAACUUGUGGCCGGAGCUUGUCUUCUGCUACUACCACUACGAUGAAUUUGACAACGCCGCUCUUGCCGUCAUGGAGCGGGCAGAGAACUCCUGGGAGCACCAGCAGUUCAAGGACAUUGUUGUCAAGGUCGCCAACCUCGAGAUCUACUACCGUGGUAUCAACUUCUACCUGGAGCAGCACCCGUCGUUGCUCACCGACCUUCUGCAAGUCCUGACGCCUCGUAUCGAUGUCAACCGUGUUGUCAAGAUGUUCCAGAAGUCUGAUAACCUGCCUCUGAUCAAGCCGUUCUUGUUGAAUGUCCAGCAGCAGAACAAGCGCACGGUCAAUGACGCCAUCAAUGAUUUGCUCAUUGAGGAGGAAGACUACAAGACCCUCAGAGACUCGGUAGAGAACUACGACAACUACGACGCAACCGCUCUGGCCGGCCGUCUCGAGAAGCACGACCUUGUCUUCUUCCGACAGAUCGCAGCCAGCAUCUACCGCAAGACCAAGAGAUGGGAGAAGUCGAUUGCACUGUCCAAGCAAGACAAGCUAUACAAGGACGCCAUUGAGACAGCCGCUAUUUCGGGCAAGUCCGAAGUCGUCGAAGAAUUGUUGCGCUACUUUGUGGACAUUGGCAGCAAGGAGUGCUACGUCGGCAUGCUGUACGCGUGUUACGACCUUAUCCGCCCCGACUUGAUCUUGGAGCUAUCGUGGCGCAAUGGUCUGCACGACUUCACCAUGCCUUACAUGAUCAACAUGCUCGCCCAGCAGACGAAGGAGAUCUCGCUGCUGAAGGCAGACAACGAGGCCCGCAAGUUGAAGGAGAAAGAGCAAGAGAAGGAUGACACGGAGACUCCUAUCCUUGGAGGCAACCGCCUCAUGAUCACGGCCGGACCGGGCGCGGGUGCUGGCCGAGCGUCCCCGGCGGCGUUCGGACAGACAAAUGGCUUUGCACCGCAGCCCACCGGCUUCGGCUACUAG